GUGUAAUCCAGCCCGCGGCGCCUACUGGGCGCGCCUCUCCUCCCCUCAGUGCGGUCACCGACGGCAACACCUCUGCACACCUCUGUUGCUCCUCUACCUGCCGCUCCCCCUCACAGUCGUCUUCACCCGGGGACACCAGUACUGUAGCCUUUACCGUCAGUGGACAACCAAAGGCGGGAAAUACAUUCGUAAUUCUGCAGAGAACUAAAGACUGAAAACUGCAUAUAGAUAGAGUGGGUUGUACCACGUUGUUCUAGAGACCAGGAGAAGAAAAACCACAUCGUGGCCCUUCUAUCAACGCAAGAAUGAUCUUCAAAUUGACUCACCUUGUCUCCACCUGGAGCUGCCCCAUCGCUCGCUCUUGCCACGCCCACACUCUCCUGUGACACACACCCUCACCUUAGUCUCCACUAGUUCACGCCUUCAUUCCAUAUUUUGUAGUCACCUUCGUAUUACCUGUCAGUAAGGCACACAUCCCCGCCCAGUAAAUAAGGGCAACAAUUUACUUAACGACAUUUCCAGUCAAUACUUGAGUCUCACCAACGAUCGUUCCCUUGUGCAUUAACUCUUCUCAAACUACUGUUGUUUAUAACUACCUGCAGCCCCUCUGCUACACCCUCGUAUUCACUUAUUAAAAGAAACACACACACACUCACCAUGGAGCCAUGGUCACCCGAACUGCUGCCCUUCGUCAUUGCGGGCUUCAUCAUUGCCUUCAUCUUGGCUUUCGGCGUGGGAGCCAACGACGUAGCCAACUCCUUCGGCACGUCUGUGGGCUCCCGCGUCCUUAGUCUCCGGAACGCGUGCAUCAUAGCCACUAUAUUCGAGGUGCUGGGGGCCAUUCUCAUAGGAUACAAAGUGUCGGAUACGGUUCGUAAAGGUAUCCUCGAUGUCUCUCUCUACAACAACACGGAGAAGGAGCUCAUGUUGGGCUCUCUGGCGGCACUUGGCGGUAGUUCCAUAUGGAACCUGGUGGCUACCUUCUUCAAGCUUCCCAUCUCUGGCACCCACACCAUCGUUGGCGCCACCGUGGGCUUCUCUCUGUGUGCACGCGGGUUCCAGGGCGUAAAUUGGGUCACCUUCGGCAAGAUUGUUGGAUCAUGGUUUGUGUCCCCUGUUCUCUCCGGCAUCAUGUCUGGGGUCAUAUACCUUGGGCUGAAUCACUUUAUCUUGAAGAAGGAAAAACCCCUUGAGCCAGGUCUCCGUGCUCUACCCUUCAUUUACGGCUUUACACUUCUCGUUAACGUCUUCUCCAUUGUUCAUGACGGACCAAAGAUGCUGAAGUUCGACUUGAUCCCCUGGUGGGGUUCCAUCGUGAUCUCAGUUGGUGUGGGUUUCAUCGUUGCUCUCAUUGUCCAGCUAAUAGUCGUCCCACGCCAGCGUAAAUCCAUUCACGCUGUACUUGCCAAAGAAGCCACGAAGCAAGAGAAUGAAGUCAAGUUUACCUUCGACUCUUCUGACAACUCACGUUCUCCCUCACCCCCAAGCCGAGAACUUUCUGUCAUUGAAAAGGGUAUCUCCCCCACCACCUACACCUUCAAUGGUAACUCAGACUGCAAUGGCUAUAUCCCUGCAGAGACUAAGACCAAUCUUCUCGGUUCUGGCCUCGAUACCACAUCACAAUCUCUUAGUGUUACCAAUAACAGCAGUCAAGUGCCCCUUGUGAACACCAACCAAAUGAAAGUGAUCUCGAUGGAGGAACUCACUAACAAGAAGGAGGUUGACUCUGACCGACCUGAGGUGAAAGGUCUCUUCUCCUUCCUCCAGAUUCUUACUGCUACAUUUGGCUCUUUUGCUCAUGGUGGAAAUGAUGUUAGCAAUGCAAUUGGUCCUCUGAUUGCUUUGUGGGCCAUUUACACCGAGGGUUCUGUUGCCCAGAAUUCUCCCACACCCAUCUACAUCCUGUUGUAUGGUGGGUUGGGUAUCUCAGUGGGUCUAUGGGUAUGGGGUCGCCGUGUUAUCCAGACAAUUGGUGAAGAUUUGACCAAAGUGACACCAUCUUCUGGAUUCACCAUUGAAAUUGGUUCUGCAUUCACCGUGUUGUUAGCCUCAAAGAUUGGUCUCCCCAUCUCCACUACCCAUUGCAAGGUUGGGUCUGUUGUCUUCGUUGGUUGGGCCAAGUCUUCUCGUCAGGGUGUUGACUGGAAACUCUUCAGGAACAUCGUGAUAGCAUGGGUGGUCACAGUACCCUUAACUGCUGGCAUCUCGGCCCUGCUCAUGCUUAUAUUUAGGAUCGCCUUCAUGUAAAUCACUACCUGCUGCUGUGAUACUCUGCAGGGGACUCGCUCACACUCCCAGGGCCUCUUACCCGGCAUACUUCAAAAUUCAUUCAUUCAAAGCAGUUUGAAAUUUUAGUUUUGUUGGAUAUAAGUGAUUAUGAAAUCACUGCUCGGUUCAUGCUGCACAAAAUGCAUGUGUUUGUGCACAUCCUGGUACAGCAUAUUUAUAUUUAAUAGACAUACAGUAGUAAUAGCAGCCAGUCGAUGUCCAGUAUAUUAUAGAAUAAUCUAUGAUGUUCAAAAUUUGCAUGAUCAUUGUGGUCAUCAAGGACCUGGUGCUGAUGAAGAGAAGAGUCCCCUGUGUUACAAUCAUUACCAAAUUUCACUACCCGUAGCUGCCUCAGCUUUUCUCAUUUAAUGUCUUUAACCACAGAGUCUGUUAAACCAUAGUCAACAUUUCUAAGUACUGCUUUGAAAAGUGUUAUGUAAUUCUCAGUUGUAAUUUUAUAUUAAUCAGUAAAGGUGCUUCCUGUACAGUAUUUAUUAUGAGUUUUAAGGAAAGAUAGAAGUAGACUGAGCAGAUGGUGAAUGACAUUAAUCAAGACAAUAUUCAAUAUGUGAUCCAAUCCCUACAUUUAUUUUGUGAAUAACUACUAUGGGAGCAAAAAAUAUGCCUUUAUAAAAGAAUAAUGGCUUUAUUUCAUUUUUUUUUGGGGGGGUUUUACAAUACAGUACUUUUACUUAUGGUUCACAUAUCUUACUUUUAUUGAUAUAUAUUUAGUUGACAAUUUUCAGGGGAUUGUGGUAAUGAACAGUGAAUUUAGACGAGAUAUAUUAUUGCAACAUAAAUAUAGAUGUUUAAAUAUGAAAAUGCUGAGGUGGUUUAUGGAAGUUCUUAUAUUCAUAUGGAGUUGAAUUUUCUCUCUCGCAUGUCUGGUCAAAGGGUGAGAAGUAGUUUAUGAUCAUCUGGUAUCAUCAGAAGGUAGUAAUCGGUUUAGUAUGGUUAUUCAUUUUUUGGUUGUGAAUCAACUUUAUCACAUUUAAUCCAGCAAAAGUAUUUCAUCUUUUGUGUUUAGUAUCAUUGGUAAGGUAAAGAAAUAGAGAUGAUAUCACUCAUACUGCACAUUUUUUAGAUGCUGUUUUAUGGCUGUGAGAGGGUUAGUUCUUUUAUGCAUUCAUAAUCAUACAAUGGGCUCCACACUUGUUCACAUUCACUUAAAAGGACACUUUGAGGUAUCCUCACAUUCAUACAUACAUACAUAUUUAUCAUUUUCAUUAUGGUACUUGUUAGUUGCUUUUCUGGGAAGCAUAAUGUUGACUUGGAAAUUUUAAAUGUGAUUUUUUUUAUAAAAGGACAUGGAAAUAUGUGAAGUUUGUGUUAGAAGUCAGGUUUCUGAUAGUAUGACUGGGUAGUAACUGUGUCCAUAUUUUGAUAUACAGCUACUUCCUUUGCUUGAAUGGUUAGGAAGGUUUUAAAUGUAUUUCUUAUUCAGUGUUUCUGUAUCAGAUAAUGCCAGUCAGAAAAUAAUUAAGGAAACAUAUCUCUGCAAUUGUAUUCUUUUUUUGUUUAGCAUUUUUUAAGCUAAACAAAGUUUGCAAAGUAAUGGAUUUAGUACGUGGGCGAGUGUAUGGAAUGCAAGGUACAGUAUACAUGAGAUGCAGAAGUAAUUGUUUUAAUUUUAUACAAGGUAUAAUCCCAGUCGUGAUUCGGAGUCUCAAUCCAGGCACAACAUUACUGAUCAUUAGCUCUGUGCAGCCAGGAUGGGGUGGGAGUUAUGUGGGGAACAUAUAUUUAAUAGAUGGGGAGGGAUUUUUUAGUGGGGUGGGAAAAGAUGCAAACUAGUCGUGUUUAUUGUACUGGGAAAAAGUGAUAGGUUUCCUGAGCUGUAUUUUGAUUUCCAAUAUAUUUGUAUAUUUUCAUGAUUAAAUAAUGAAUGAUAUAUGAAAUAAUUUUUAUAUAUAACAAAGAAUGAAUAACAAAUAUAAUAUAAAAAUGAGAUUUUUACUCCAAUGAUUCUCCCUUUUGGGUUGUGGAGGUAAUAGGAUUUGUUUGUUCAUACGAGUUUUGAGGAUUAUGUGCAACAGGCUACACUGCAGGAUAUAUUGAGAGCACUGAUAAAUUCUUUCCUAAAGCAGUAUAUCUUUAUUUGUGCUUAACUUUCAUGAUCUUUAUACAGUUAAGUUCCUAUUGUUGAAAUAACUACCUGUACUGUACUACAUUGACUUUACAUACUGUAGUAUUACUCUCACUAGAAGUCUGUACAGUACAUCAGUCAAAUUCCAUUAUCUUGAAGCACAGAAAAUCUAUCUUGGCAAUACCCAGUUUUUGGAUCAAUCUCAGUUAUACUUUAUACUUUUCUAGUUCAUUAUGAAUGAAAGGUAUUACUAGUUAUUUAUUUUACUUAAUACAUUAUUUUCUAUAAUAGUUUUAUGUUCAAUCCAUACUUUUUUAUUACAAGUUUUGUGGUGUAAAGUAAGAUAUUGCAAUAAUUGGCACUCAUUUCUUCAAGUUAAUGUGUGUUGAUCUCAAGUCACUGUACAUAUUAUCUUUUGCUAUGUUAUCACAUAAUCUAUACACCUGAAUGGGUCUUACUUAAAUUGUUAUUGAUUCUGCCUUUGUCCUAACUCAAAAUAUAAAUAGACAAAAUAUAAAAAAUAAUUUGUUUGAAUACAAUUUUUUAAAUCUUGUAAUACAAUAUAUAUGCCUACCACACCUAGGGUCUUUUUAUCUUACACCAUAAAGUAACAUGACUAAAGAAUAGCCAUUGCUGCAGACUAGUACUUGUGAUCAUAUUAACAUUGUAAAAAAAAAAUUUUCAAUUAUUUACUACAGUAUUAACAUGAAAUGCAAUAUAUUUAAAUCCUCCUAGGGCAGAGUAACAUUAAGGUAUUCUUAAUUAUUUAUUGGGUGUUGUUAAAAGUAAGAAAAAGAUGCAGACCAAUCACAGAAGAGCAUUUUAGACUAAGUCAAUCAUGUUGCUAAGUUUCAAUCUUAAAUUGUAAACCAUAUUCAAAUAAGUACUGUAUUAUUGAUUUAACAGCAAAAAUAAAUUUUCUCUAUGAGGAUAAAUCACUGCUAACAAUCCACAGCAUUUGUACAGAAUUAAUAAAAUAUUUUGUUUUUAAUAAAAAAUUUUAUAUCCAUC